CAACUCACAGAAAAUUAAAGAAAUCAGUCGAGCAGAAACAGUCACUGAGAAUCAACUCAUUCAUAUCGUCAACAACACACCGUUUAAAAUUCUACUUUCUCGUUAUUUCAGCGAUCAUUCGAGUUGAUCAGCUUUCCAACAAGAUGUCAACAACUAAUAAUUGCGGCACAUGUCGACCGGGCUAUUCUAGUCCUAAGGUAGCAAUGGCGGAAGGACCGCGUGAAAAAAUUAUGUACACUGUUUGCAUACAUACGGAUCCCGAAAAACCUGAUGUUCUUUCAACGGUCGAUAUUGAUCCUGAAAGUCCUACGUAUUGUAAAAUAAUACACAAAUUGAGAAUGUUACACGUAGGAGACGAACUUCACCAUUCCGGUUGGAACAUAUGUAGCAGUUGUUACGAAUUACCACGUAAACGGGAUGUCCUAGUAUUACCAUGUCUUAUGUCGGAUAGGGUAUAUUUUAUUGAUACGAGUAACGAGAGAGCACCGCAAAUAAAAAAGGUUUUAGAACCAGAAGAAAUGCAUAAAUAUGGUUUAUCAACGCCGCACACUUCGCACUGUGCCCCAACAGGUGAAAUAAUUAUUUCUACGAUGGGUAAGCCUAACGGCGACGGACAAGGUGAUUUUCUUUGUAUCGAUAGCGAAACGUUAGAAGUUAAAGGCUCCUGGGUUAAAGGUGAAAAGAAAGCAGCAUUUGGAUACGAUUUUUGGUAUCAACCUUAUCACGAUAUACUAAUAGCCUCUGAGUGGGGCACCCCGAAGUUUUUUAAGAAAGGCUAUUUUGUAGAUCACAUUGCCGAUCCAAAACUUUAUGGUAGAAGUCUAAACAUUUAUUCUUGGUCCGAACGAACGCUAAAACAAACCAUUCAUCUUGGAGAGGACGGUAUUGCACCACUUGAAAUAAGAUUUCUUCACGAUCCAAAAGCAGCAGAAGGCUAUGUUGGUUGCGCGGCCUCAUCAAACAUUAUCAGAUUUUACAAGACGAGCAAGGGUGAUUGGGAUGUUGAAAAAGUAAUCGAUGUACCUAAGAAAAAAGUUCAGGGAUGGACCGAACCGUUUAUGACUGGAAUGAUCACAGACAUACUACUAAGUUUAGAUGAUAAAUAUUUGUAUUUAUCUAACUGGUUGCACGGUGAUGUUAGACAGUACGAUAUAACCGAUCGUCGAAAUCCUAAAUUAACUGGUCAAGUUUUUCUUGGUGGUUGCAUAUUAAGCGAUUCUAAAGUUCUCGUCUUAGAAGAUACCGAAUUGAAAAGUCAACCUGAUCCUGUUUUUGUGAAAGGACGCAGAUUAUAUGGCUCACCACAAAUGUUACAACUUAGUCUCGAUGGACGUCGACUUUAUGUAACAACAUCUAUUUUUAAACCCUGGGAUAAACAAUUCUAUCCCGAACACGUUAAACAUGGAUCGACAAUGGUCAAACUUGACGUCGAUGUUGAAAAUGGAGGCAUGAAAUUGGAUGAAGAAUUUUUGGUCGAUUUUGGAGCGGAUAAAAAUGAUAUAUUAUUAGCUCAUGAAAUACGAUACCCUGGCGGCGAUUGCACAUCCGAUAUAUGGUUACCUGAUAAACAAUAAUAAUGUACAGAAAAAAUAAUAUUUGGCUUUAUCAUAAUAAUAUAAAUAUAUGCACAUAAUAUUAUAU